AUGAGGGGAAGAGAAGCAGAAGGGGGACAAGUAGCUUUUGUAGCUCAAACCAGUGGUGUAGCAGUGACUGCAAGAGAAGACAAAAGUAAGCUGUUUUGCACAAGUUGCAAAAAGACGGGACACACGACGGAGACGUGUUUCCAAAUCAUCGCGACUUGGUGGGGAGAUAAAGCCAAAGACGGAGGUCGCGGUGAAGGAGGUCGUGGAGGAGGCAGAGGAGGUGGCCGUGGUCGCGGUAACUUCCGAGCAAAUGCUGUCUCCGUGAGUCCCUUAGAAGAAGGCGGUGCAACCAAGGAGGCCGAGAGAAACGGCUACACGGGCUUGACUAAUGAGCAGUGGACAACUCUUAUCAAGCUGUUGGACGAAAAGAAAGGAACUACUUCUCGUCUCAGCGGUAAGUGUGUCUCCUUGGAUUGGGUACUUGAUACAGGGGCUUCUAACCAUAUGACAGGUUGUGAAGAUUUGAUUGUUGAUACGAAAUACAUAUUGCCUUGCUCUGUUGGAUUGCCGAAUGGUUCUAGCAGUGUGGCCAGAAAGAAAGGAACGGUUGUUUUUGAUGAUGGGUUUAAGCUCACAAACGUGCUGUUUGUGCCAGAUUUGAGAUGUCAUUUGAUUUCUGUAUCUCAACUCAUUGAUGAGUCCGAUGUUGUGAUGCAAAUUGCUAACAAGGGAUGUGUGAUUCAGGACCGUUUAACGAGGAACCUGACUGGAGCGGGUGAGCUCAAGGAUGGACUGUACUUCUUCCGGCGUGUAACUGAGUUUUCUGCUUUGCGUAUGAAUAAGGAUGGAGCUGAAGAUGUUUGGCAUCAACGGCUAGGACAUCUAUCAAACACUGCUUUCGAUUUGCUUCCUACUGUUGGUAGUAGAACCAUGGAUUUUUCUACUUGUGACACUUGUUUAAGAGCUAAACAGUGUCGUGAUGUAUUUGUUUCAAUUAAUAAUAAAAGCGCCGAUGUUUUUGAAAUGAUACAUGUUGAUCUGUGGGGUCCUUAUCGAAAACCUACUCUCUGCAACUCCUAUUACUUUCUGACGAUAGUAGAUGAUAAGUCCAGAGUAGUUUGGGCCUACUUGCUCCAUGAUAAAACACAAAAGGGGAAGAAUCUGAGGUUGUUUAUGGCGAUGGUUCAGAGACAGUUUGGGAAACAAAUCAAGAUUGUGAGAAGCGACAAUGGUACUGAGUUCACUUGUCUCACCUCUGAGCUUCGAGAACAAGGGAUCCAACAUCAGACUUCGUGUGUGGGAACGCCGCAACAGAACGGAAGAGUAGAGAGGAAGCAUCGUCACAUAUUGAAUGUGGCAAGAGCGUUGCUUUUCCAAUCCUCACUUUCAACCAAAUUCUGGGGAGAAAGUGUGUUGACUGCAACGUAUCUGAUCAAUAGAACACCGAGCCGGUUGUUGGAAGGAAAGACACCGUAUGAGAUAAUUCAUGUGCGGUUCCAACAUACGAUAAUCUCAGGGUGUUUGGGUGUUUGGCUUAUGCGCACAAUCAGAAAAGAGGGAUGGAGUCUUUACGAUAUGGAUAGUGGUGAAGUGUUUGUGUCUCGAGAUGUUGUUUUCGUGGAAAACACUUUUCCAUCCUUGGCUGAAGAAGAAACACUGGCUGAGAGAGUGAAAGAAGUGUCUGAUUUUGGUGUUUUUGAGGAAGAAGAUGAACGAACAAAUAUUCCAGAAACAGUGUCAGAAGUUGAGGUUACUGAGAUUGCAGAAACGGAACCUGCAGCUUUGAGGUCAGUUGAGGUCACAGAAACAGAACCUACAGCUGCGGAGACAGAAACUGAAGCUGUGGAAACAGAACCUGCAAUAGUGGAAACAGAGCCUGCAGCUUCAGAAACAGAAGAAGUAGAGACAGAGAAUCUGGGUCGUGGGAAGAAAUCAAAGAAAGUCCCUGAAAAGCUGCGAGACUAUGUUUUGUGUACCUUAGCUGAGGUUGACGUAGACUGUGAUGAAGACAAUGGGUAUUCGAUAAUGAAGUACAUCGAUACCAGCAAAUUCUCUGCAAAACACAAGGCAUUUUUAGCAGCUAUCACUAAAGGGGUUGAGCCAAAACACUUUCGUGAUGCGGUUGCAAUCAAGGAGUGGUGUGAGGCUAUGCAGAAAGAAAUUGGUGCGCUUGAGCUUAAUGAUACGUGGGAAGUGACAGAGCUUCCACCGGGAAAGAAAGCUUUGGGCUGUAUGUGGAUAUACAUGAUCAAAUACCGGUCAGAUGGAGAGACUGAAAGAUUUAAAGCUCGACUAGUGGUGCUUGGAAACAAUCAAAAGGAAGGGGUUGAUUAUGACGAGACCUUUGCACCUGUCAUCAAGAUGACUACGGUUCGUUUGUUUCUCAGUGUAGGAGCAGCUAGGGACUGGGAAUUUCACCAAAUGGACGUCCACAACGCGUUCUUACACGGUGAUUUGGACGAAGAGGUUUAUAUGAAAAUGCCUCCAGGAUUUCGCACCAACGAACCUGGUAAAGUAGUUCGCUUAAAGAAAUCUCUCUAUGGAUUGAAACAAGCACCAAGGUGUUGGUUUGCCAAGUUACGAUCAGCUCUUGUGGACUAUGGUUUUUCACAAUCUUAUCGUGAUUAUUCUCUGUUCUCAAUGCGUAAAGGGAAGUCUGAAAUUUACGUUUUGGUGUAUGUCGACGAUCUGAUCGUAGGAGGAAAUGAUGCAGAGUUAAUUGCAGAGUUUAAAGAGUAUUUGGGAACAUGCUUUCACAUGAAAGAUCUCGGAGUACUGAAGUACUUCUUGGGGAUUGAAGUGGCACGAAGAAGAGAAGGACUGUUUUUGUGUCAGAGGAAGUAUAUUCUGGAUAUUGUGAGCGAAGUGGGUCUGUUAGGAAGUAAACCGGCUACAUCUCCAAUGGAGCAACAACAUCGUUUGUCACUUUCUGAUGGACCUUUGUUAAAGGAUCCAACUCGCUAUCGGAGGUUAGUCGGAAGGCUUAUUUACUUGCUCGCAACUCGACCCGACUUGGCAUACUCGGUUCAUGUUUUGUCUCAGUUCAUGCAAGAACCGCGUGAGGAUCAUUGGAACGCAGCUUUGCGUGUUGUCCGAUACUUGAAGAGUACAGCGGGACAAGGGAUUUUUCUUAAAUCUGAAUGUGACUUAAAGUUACAUGGUUGGAGUGAUUCAGAUUAUGCAGGUUGUCCAACAACACGGAGAUCUGUCACUGGAUGGCUUGUGACACUUGGUGAUUCACCGGUGUCUUGGAAAACUAAGAAGCAGGAUGCGGUCUCACAGUCGUCUGCAGAGGCUGAGUAUCGUGCCAUGGCGUUGACUACAGGCGAACUUAAAUGGUUAAAAGGUCUACCUGGUGAGUUUGGAGUGUCUUGUGAUCAAGCCAUGGAUCUACAUUGUGAUAAUCAAGCAGCUGUGUACAUUGCAGCAAACCCUGUGUUCCAUGAACGGACUAAACAAGUCGAAAUAGACUGUCACACAGUUCGUGAUGCAGUCAAAGAUGGGACUAUUCGCACAAGGAAGGUCGAUACUCGUGAUCAACUAGCUGACGUGUUCACCAAGGCUCUGGGGAAGCGAGAGUUUCAGACCAUUGUUGUCAAGCUUGGCAUUUCAUACGAAGAAGAGAAGGCAAGGGACGAGGAAGGCGAGUGGAGUUGCGAGAUUCGCGUGGAAGCACCACCACGGCUCCACCAAGCUCUGGAUUCGGAGUGUUUCUCUCUCCUCUCACGUCAACGUGUCAUGGAGCUAGACCUCCAUAAGAGUGACGCGCCCUAUGUCCAGCAGAAUCGGCUUUCAGUAUGGGAGGUAGGGUUUAGAACCCGUACAGGAGCCGUCUCCUUCCCGCAACGGUUCAGGCGUUGCUUUGUACUCGGAACUGAUUAA